AUGGAGAAAGACCGGAGUGCCGGCGCAACGUCAGCGCCUAGCGGAAAUGUCGACAUCGAAUCUGGAAGAGAAACCAUUUCACAUUGGAACAUGAUCUUGGAUCAGGGUGUCGUCACCAAGGAGAUUAUUGAAUACGAAUACGAGGGCGAGGGUACAGAGGAGGAUCCAUACGUCGUCGAGUGGAUAGAGAAUGAUCCGAGGAACCCCAUGACCUUCUCCAAGAUGAAGAAGUGGAUCAUGGCGCUCGCUGUCGCCAACUCAGUGCUCGUCGUAUCCUUUUGCUCGUCUGCAUUCUCUGGGGGUGUCCAACAAAUCAUGCGAGAAUUCGGCGUCAGCCAGGAAAUCGUUACACUCGGUCUAUCGCUCUUCGUCUUGGGCUUCGCUCUCGGUCCUCUCCUGUGGGCUCCCUUUUCCGAGUUAUACGGUCGCCAGUUAAUCUUCGUCGUAACAUAUACAGCUUUCAUGGCCUUCAACGCCGGCGUCGCGGGUGCUCCAAACAUCCAGGCCUUACUCAUUCUCCGUUUCUUCGCCGCCGCAUUCGGAUCGAGUCCUCUUACCAAUGCUGGAGGUGUCAUUGCUGACUUGUUUACCGCAAACGAGCGUGGGUUGGCCAUGUCAAUCUUCUCUGCUGCGCCUUUCAUGGGUCCUGUUCUAGGUCCCAUCAUUGGUGGCUUCCUUGGCAUGACUGAGGGAUGGCGAUGGGUGAAUGGACUGAUGGCCAUCUGGGCUGGAGUUCUCCUUGUCAUUACUGUAUGCCUCGUUCCCGAGACCUACCCUCCAGUCCUACUUAGGAAGCGCGCAGAGAAGCUGUCCAAGCUGUCCGGCAAGGUCUACCGUUCCCGCACCGAUAUCGACCAAGGCAAAGUCUCGCUUGGAGAGGCUUUCGCGACUGGCCUCAAGCGACCAUGGAUCCUCCUCUUCUGCGAGCCUAUCGUCCUACUGCUCUCACUAUACCAUGCCAUAAUCUAUGGUAUUCUGUACAUGCUCUUCGGUGCUUUCCCAAUCGUAUACCGCCAAGGCCGUGGCUGGAACGAGGGCGUCGGCGGUCUGCCUUUUGUUUCUGUCGCCAUCGGAGUCAUACUCGCCAUCGCCUACGUCAUAUUCGUCGACAACAAGCAAUACAUGAAGAAGGUCCAAUCAUCCGGUACUGGGUUUGCGGCUCCCGAGGCACGUCUUCCCAUGUGCAUUAUCGGAGGUAUCGCACUUCCCAUCGGACUCUUUUGGUUUGCCUGGACGAAUGGCCCCUCUGUGCAUUGGGCGGUUAGCGUUGUUGCUGCCAUCCCAUUUGGUUUCGGCAUGGUGCUCAUUUUCUUGUCCAUUAUGAAUUACCUCAUCGACUCAUACACCAUCUUCGCCGCAUCGGUGUUGGCGGGCAAUGGCAUCAUUCGAUCAGUAUUCGGUGCGGCUUUCCCGCUUUUCACAAGCCAGAUGUACAAGGGGCUCGGUAUCCACUGGGCUUCUUCGGUACCCGCCUUCCUCGCUGUUGCAUGUCUUCCGCUCCCCUUCUUGUUCUACAAGUAUGGUAAAGGCAUACGCGAGAAGUGCAAGUAUGCUGCAGAGUCCGAGGCAUUCAUGAACCGAAUUCGUAACCAACAAGCCGCAAGACAAGAGGCUGGUGGUUCCAGCUCUACGUCAGACCGCAUUUCGCGUUCCGACACUCUGACUCCCCAGGAAGAGGUCGAGGAGGAAGCUCAUGUGGAGGAGUCUACAGCCACUUUUGAAGAAAUGAAGGCCGAAAAGGAGACUGAAGGAGAGGGCUUGAAGAAGAUUCAGACUGGACGCUCCAAUAGGAGUAGAAAGUCGACACGCGCGACGGAGUUCUACGAUAAUCCUUAUGAGAUCAACCGCGUUGCGACAAGAGAAAGCUUCGUGGCGAGGCCUGCAGCGAACAGCCGGGCGAGUUCCAUUCGAGGAGGCAAUCAUUAG